GUCUUAGUUGCAUAACAACAAAAACCCCAAAGGGGCAAAGCUGUGGUCAUUUUAAAGGAACAGCAGUUGGUCGACAUGGGCGAGGAAUUCCUCAGGGGAUUACUCUUCACUGUGCAGGGCGAGAAAGCACCAAUCCGUUGAAGCACUUUGCAAAGUUCCACGGUCUGUGUUGAGGAUGGUGGGCCUAAAACCUUCAAGCAUUCCAGUGACUCCUGGUGUGCAGAUCCUGAGUGCUGGCACAGCAGCUUGCUUUGCUGAUCUCAUCACAUUUCCCCUGGAUACGUCUAAAGUCAGAUUACAGAUUCAAGGCGAAGCCACACGAUCCUCAGAAGUCGGAGUUCCCAAAAGUAUCAAAUACCGCGGCGUCUGGGGGACAAUUCGCACCAUCGUCAGAACCGAAGGACCCAGGAGUUUGUACAAUGGAUUAGUUGCCGGCCUCCAGAGACAGAUGAUCUUCGCUUCAAUAAGAAUCGGACUCUAUGACUCUGUAAAACAACUUUAUACCGGACAGAAUGGUAAUACCGGUAUGGUUGUCCGCCUAUUGGCAGGAUGUACUACAGGAGCACUCGCUGUGCUAGUGGCUCAACCAACCGAUGUGGUUAAAGUUCGUUUCCAGGCACAAGUGAACCUCAGGGGUGUUACAAAGCGAUACCAUGGCACACUCCAGGCAUAUAAAUCAAUUGCCAGAGAAGAAGGAUUUCGAGGACUGUGGAAAGGAACUUUUCCCAAUAUUGCUCGGAAUGCCAUCGUCAACUGUUCAGAACUUGUAACCUAUGACAUCAUUAAAGAGGCCAUUUUGAGGGAAAAUCUGUUGACAGAUAACUUUCCGUGCCACUUCCUCUCAGCCUUUGGUGCAGGGUUUUGUGCAACAGUAGCAGCUUCUCCUGUUGAUGUGGUAAAGACGAGGUACAUGAACUCUGCUCCUGGACACUACAAGAGUGCGCUCAAUUGUGCUUGGAAAAUGCUGAGUAAUGAAGGACCAACAGCUUUUUACAAAGGAUUUCUUCCCUCUUAUCUGCGCCUUGGCAGCUGGAAUGUGAUAAUGUUUGUGACUUACGAGCAGCUGCAAAGGGCAAUGAUGAUAGUCAAACAAAGUUAUGAUCGUGCUGCAUGAUUCCUCGGAACACAUUACUCCAAAUCAUAGAAGGAUUUCCCUCCACUGCUGAGUCUGCGUUAAUGACAUAAGAACUGAUGCCAUAAACAUGAAUUUUCAACAAGGGAUUCCUUUUUAAAAAUACUAUUUGGUAUGAAAUGAGGCUCUUUGGACAACAUGCCUUUGGUUUAAUUCUAUUGCAUUUAAAAAUCUGCUGAUAUUUGUUUAUGGACAUUUUGUAAAACACAUAGGGUAAAUAUUUUUGGACAGUAUAUGAACAAUCAAAAUAAAGCACUUUAUAUUCACAGGAAAACGAUCAA